AUGCCUGAUAUUGGAGAAGUAACACAUGAAAAUACUGUAUGGGCCUUGGCAGAUAUAGAAGUGGAAUAUACAGUGGAAAGAAGCAUGUUGGAUUUUCCCCAGCAUGUCUCACCUGACAAAGAAGUACACUUAGCAAGUACAGAAGCUGACAAAAAGCUUUCUAAUUUUGAUGUGGAGAUGAGCAUGAGAGAAGAUGUAUUUCAGAAGGUUGUUUAUUUGCAGCUCCUUGCAGAGGGAAAGUAUGGGCAUGCAGCAUGCUUUGGUCUCCAACUUGGCUGUCUUCUCUCUGAUGGCAGCAGAAUGAUGUCUGUAGCUGCUCUGGUAACCAACUUCACAAAACCAGCAUCAGAUUGCCCAUUGUUGCUGUGACAUGAUGAAGUAAAGACUUACUUCCAUGAAUUUGGUCAUGCAGUUGUGUGUCUCACUGCAGAGACUGAUUUUGCUAGGUUUAGUGGAACUAAUGUGGAAACAGACCUUGUAGAGGUACCUUCACAAAUGUUUGAGAACUGGAUGUGGGAAAAAGAACCACUACAACAACUGUCAAGACAUUAUAAAGAUGAGAGCCAUGUUGCAGACACUCUCCUUGAGAAACUUGCUGCCUCUAGACUUGCUAAUACAGGUUAUUUGAAUGUUCUUAUCCAAUUAGGCCUUUUAACCCUCCAUCAGAUUGUUUUGAGCAAGAUUGACCAGGCACUCCAUAUAAAACCAUCUGUUGACCCAGCAGGUGAAUAUGCCAAAUACUGUAUGGAGAUUCUAGGAAUUCCUGCGACCCCAGGAACAAACAUGCCAGCUACUUUUGGACAUCUGGCAGGUGUUUAUGAUGGUCAGUACUAUGGAUACCUGUGGAGUGAAGUGUUUUCCAUGGACAUUUUUUAUAGCUGCUUUAAGCAAGAAGGAAUAAUGAAUCCAAAGGCUGGAAUGAAAUACAGAAACCUCAUUUUGAAACCUGGAGGAUCUUUGGAUGGGAUGGAUAUGCUUCAGAAUUUCUUGGAGCGUAAACCAAGCCAGAGAGCUUUCCUAUUGAGUAAGGGAUUAUGUGUUCAGUAA